AUUUGAAGCUACCUGGAAGAGCAAGACAUCCACAGACACAAUGCAGACUGGCCUGUCACUUGCUUGCCUUGUCCUCCUGUGCUCGGUGCUGGGAGAAGCUGCCCUUAGAAAACCAAAGAGACAGGCAGGGGCAACUGAUACCAAUGGUGCUGCCAAGUCUGAGCCUGCCCCUGUGAAAACUAAAGGCCUGAAAACUCUGGACAGAGGUUGGGGAGAAGACAUUGAGUGGGCACAGACAUAUGAAGAGGGCCUGGCCAAAGCUAGAGAAAACAACAAACCUCUGAUGGUAAUUCACCACCUGGAAGAUUGUCCUUACAGCAUAGCACUUAAAAAGGCUUUUGUUGCUGACAAAAUGGCACAGAAACUGGCUCAGGAAGAUUUUAUCAUGUUGAAUUUGGUGCAUCCAGUAGCUGAUGAAAACCAGUCUCCAGAUGGACAUUACGUGCCAAGGGUCAUCUUUAUUGAUCCAUCCCUGACUGUCCGAUCAGACCUUAAAGGGAGAUAUGGAAACAAACUCUACGCCUAUGAUGCUGAUGAUAUUCCUGAGUUGAUUACAAACAUGAAGAAAGCUAAAAGUUUCCUGAAAACUGAGCUUUAAGCUGCUGCACAUUGCGCCCCCUCUGAUGCUGGAGUGAUGACCACACUGCACUGACCAGUCUCUCCUGCCAGAGAUGCAACCCCCAAAAGUCAGACAUCUGAACCCCUUGAAAUAUGAACAUACUGAAUAGAACUGGAAACAUCUGGUGACUGCAAGCUCUACUCCUAUUAGUUUUUUCACUGUACUGGUUCACCAAUAAUCCCCUAUAUAAUGUGCCACUGCGUAGUCAGAAGUUUGGCUCAUAUGUUGCCCUAUGUGAAAGAUUAACAACAAUAAUCUGUUCUCAGUGGCUCACAUAUUCUAAUGAGGAGAAAAUGUGAGACGACUGCAAUGUAGCAAUUCCAUAUGUAACUUCUUUUUCAUACUUCAUUAUACUGUACUUCUCUGUCUCUAACAUAGUAAAUUUAUCUUGGAUUGUUCUGCUGAUUUUUCAUCAAGUCCAUUGUCCAAUAUCUACAGAAUACAUCAGCUAAUAUCUUGCUCAGGCUUUCCUUGCAUUUAGAAGUCAUUUUGCUCCUGAGAUACAUCCAGUAGUGGUCAACCAUUUCUCUUUGUAUCUCCUUGCAUGCAUAUAGAAGUGCAACACCGAGAUUUUGAUUUUUUCUUGGAUUUACCUACAAAUUCUAUUUCCAUUUUCUUCUUGGGCUAGACUGGGGCUGUUCACCCUUUUUACAUGUAGCAAGUCAUUUCUCAUUCUAAGUGUUCAAGGGUUGGAUUAUAUUAAAAUCAUAUUGCGGAGCCCUUGAUUAAAGUUGGGGCAAUAACCCCACCCCCAGUUGGACAUCCCUGAAAUAGACAAGCAUACUAAAUAUGUUCUUUUGUAUCAGCUUAUUUAAUCAACAGCCCUACAUUCCACAUUCUAUAUCUCUUAAGGCUAAAGUACUGUCUUUCUGAGUCUUUUAAUGUUCAUUCUGUACUUUGCAUGCCCUGGAACUACUCUUUAUCUGCUUGUAGUUUCAUCUUCCUUGUUUAAUCAUACAGAGCUCUGCAGUCUUUUCACAUGUAGUCCCAGUUAUUACCCAAUGAAAUCCCAGAUACAAGUUAUUUCAUCAGUUAUUCCUAACUUGACUACAGUUAUUCUAGCACAUACAGCCCAUUUCCAGUACAGUGACUUCUCAUACACGAUGCAGUCUUGUUUACAUGAGUUUCAAGGUGGCACAAGCGCUACAGCUCGGUUUCAAUCUGCUAAGAGAUCCACGCUGCAUUUCUAUAGAAGGACAUUGGUCAGAAACCUGAUCUCAUUGGCAGCCACUGUCUUCACAUGCAAUAUCCUCCAGUUCUGCUGUGUCAUGUUAGACAUUUUAUAAGAAAUAUUUACUGUGUAUAUUCAUAAAAAUAUUUUAUUCAAA